AUGAAAUGCCCAAAGUUGAUGUUUUGGGGAUAUUUCGACUCCCAACAGUUGAAGGCGGUUGUUAUAAUCCAAGGACACAUUUCGGAAAGUAGGAGCCAAGGAUAUUUCUCAAGAUCAACAAGAGAAAAUUACGUGACUGCGGCUUUAAACAAUGCAGGGGUUUCCAAUUGGACAAUUAUUAAACGAGAUAAUCCUGCAAAGGAAUACCCAAGCGAUUUUGAUGUAAUUGUCUUGAAUGAAACUGGUCACUCUGCUCUUGAUGCGUUGCGUGAUCAUCCUGCUGUCCGCCGAGUAACUGCACAGCGAAUAGUUCAGCGCACGAUAAAAUAUUUGCCUGAAGAUGAUUGCGGCCCCAAUGGAUGUUUAUAUUCAGGAUGGAGAAAUCAUCGCGCCCGAGCCCUACACUCCUUCCGGAAACCACGAGAUGAUGGUGGAUAUGCAUCAAGAAAACUUUUAAGAACGGUACCGAGGCAAAUAACAUCCGUCCUGAAGGCUGACCUGCUCUGGUCUCUUGGUGUAACAGGCGAGGGUGUUCGAGUGGCGGUGUUCGACACUGGGCUGGCUCGUCACCACCCCCACUUCGGGAGGGUCCGCGAGCGCACGGACUGGACCGGGGAGAACACCCUGGACGACGCGCUGGGCCACGGCACCUUCGUGGCCGGGGUGAUAGCCUCGCGGGCCGACUGCCUAGGGUUCGCACCCGACGCGGAUCUCCACAUAUUCCGGGUGUUCACCGACAACCAGGUUUCCUAUACCUCAUGGUUCCUGGACGCGUUCAACUACGCCAUCAUGAGGAAAAUCGACGUUCUCAACUUGAGCAUCGGUGGCCCGGACUUCAUGGAUCAUCCAUUCGUUGAUAAGGUGUGGGAGCUCAGCGCGAACAAGGUGAUAAUGGUAUCGGCGAUUGGAAACGACGGACCGCUAUAUGGCACUCUUAACAAUCCCGCUGACCAGAUGGAUGUCAUUGGUGUCGGCGGCAUCGGCUUCGAUGAUCGUAUAGCGAAAUUCUCCUCCAGGGGAAUGACAACGUGGGAGUUGCCAAACGGCUACGGUCGAAUGAAACCAGAUAUUGUUACUUACGGCAGCGGUGUUCAGGGAUCCAGUGUGUCCGGAGGCUGCAGAUCCCUUAGUGGCACUUCGGUGGCGUCACCAGUGGUGGCUGGAGCGAUCGCUCUGUUAGCGAGCGGCGUGCCCCGGCAGCACCUAACACCGGCCGCCGUCAAGCAGGCGCUCUGCAUCACCGCCCGCCGCCUCCCCGCCUCCAACAUGUUCGAGCAGGGCCACGGGAAACUGGACCUAAUCAGCGCUUACCAGUUCCUGAGGGAGUACACGCCGCAGGCGAGCCUGAGUCCACCUUACAUGGACCUCACCGAGUGCACGUACAUGUGGCCCUACUGCACGCAGCCGCUGUACUACAGCGCGCAGCCCACGAUUGCCAACGUGACCGUAGUCAACGGCCUGGGAGUCGCCGGCGACGUGAAAGAUGUCAGCUGGCACCCGCACUUGCCGCACGGCAGCAUGCUCGCCGUGUCUGCGGAAUACAGCGCCGUUCUUUGGCCGUGGUCGGGCUGGCUGGCGCUCAGCUUCACGGUGCUGGAAGAGGGCGCCGACUUCGACGGCGUGGUGGAGGGUCACGUCAACGUGACAAUAGAGAGUCACGAUGAAACAGGCGAGAAUCAAUUUAGAAACGCGACGCUUAUGCUUCCAAUAAGGGCGCGCAUAAUCCCGGUGCCGGUGCGGAGCCGUCGCCUGCUGUGGGAUCAGUUCCAUAGCCUCCGCUACCCAGGGGGGUACUUCCCGCGUGACGACCUCCGCGCCAAGCACGACCCGCUAGACUGGCACGCCGACCACGUGCACACCAACUUCCGCGACAUGUACCGUCGCCUGCGCGAGCACGGCUUCUACCUCGAGGUGAUGGGGACACCACUCACGUGCAUCAACACAUCGUUGUACGGGGCCUUGCUGCUGGUCGACCCCGAAGACGAAUACUUCCCCGAGGAGAUGGCGACCUUGAAGAAGGCGGUCGACGCCGGCAUGUCGCUCAUCGUUUUCGCCGACUGGUACAAUGCGUCGCUGCUUCGCCACGUGAAGUUCUACGACGAGAACACGAGGCAAUGGUGGAUUCCAGAAACCGGUGGGGCCAACGUUCCCGCUCUCAAUGAUCUUCUUAGCAUGUACCAAGUUGCGCUCGGUGACCGAGUGUUCGAGGGCUCAUUCAAGCUGGGCGGCCACCCGAUGUACUACGCGAGCGGCACUCACAUCCACAGCUUCCCCGAACACGGGGUGCUCAUCACCGCUCCGCUGACGGACCAAGGGCAGCAGAUAAUGACGGGUGAGAAAGGCGGCGGAGGGGGCACGAAGACGGAACCGGCUCCUACCGUCGACGUGCCCAUACUCGGACUGCUGCAGGCCGACGGCGAAACACGCGAUUACACCAACGAUACUGUUGACAAACUACCGAAGGCUGGGCGGCUGGUGGUGUACGGGGACUCCUCGUGCCUGGAGGGGGGCGCGGCGCGGCCCUGCCACUGGCUGCUGCUCGCCGCGCUGCAAUACGCGCUGGUGGGCCACUUGCCAGCGGCCCUGAGGGACGCCGCGGCGCCCCACCGCGACGUGCACCUCAUACCGUCCGAGCUACCCCAGAGGGCGGAAGGUGGCCGCCUGCAUAUGUAUUCGCGGGUGCUCGCGGCUGACGGCAGCGGAGCCAGGGCUGCGCCCCGGUGCGAGGUGCCAACGCCCCUCGACCCGCAGCCCGUCAGCGUCCCCCCCGCCGCCCGCACCCUAGCCCCGCGCCACGCCCCCACCGACCCGCGCAGCAUAGGCGCCCCUGAGGUUGAGGGCACGGAGCCAGCGCCUCGCGCUUGGCGUGGGGCGGGCGCUGCCCCGUCGCGAGGCCGCGCCGAGGCGCAGUACGAGCCCCCCAGCCUGGCCAACCGGGCGCUCACCCUGGUCGCCAUAGCGACCGUCAUCUACUGCGCCACGGCGCUGUGGAAGCGCUGCGGACGCAAGCUGCGACGCCGCAGACUGAUGUCACUGGCCACC